UUUUUAUGUCUCGUUCACGGACCUUAGAUCACAUCCCCGCUCAGCAGGCCAGCCCCGGCCGGCCGCUGUGUGUUUUUUCAGCCCUGUUUCCGGUAGAUGAAGCAUAGAGAGCCUCUGUUCUGGCGGCUGACCGCGGUGAGGAAGAGUCGUAGGGUUGGAGGCUCCGCCAGACUAUGAUGGGGAUGCCGAGGGGAGGACGGCUGUUCCUGGCGACGUGCCUCUGCUCUUUCUUCGUCCUUGUUCUUUACUUUCAGAGCAUCACUAAACCAGAAACGGCUCAGAAAACCGGCAGCAGACCUGGAAAGAGUAGAAGAAGUCCUCUGCAAACUUUUUACAAAGGAGACCAGAAGCAGCUGAAGCUGUCUGGAGCUCAGAAGCCCCUCCAAGGCCGCAGGGAGGUGUUGGAGCAGGCGUGUCUGAGUCACACGAAGAAGCGCAGAGUUCUUUCACCAGAGGAUCUCAAGCACCUCAUUGUGGACGAUAAACACGGCCUUAUUUACUGCUACGUGCCAAAGGUGGCCUGUACAAACUGGAAGCGUGUGCUGAUGGUGCUCACCAGUAACGGGCGCUACACUGACCCUCUGGCCAUCCCUGCCAACGAGGCCCACGUGGCGGGAAACCUCCGCACGCUCUCCGAGUUCUCAGUGACGGAGAUCAACCAGCGCCUUCGCAGCUACCUCAAGUUCAUUUUCGUGCGGGAACCCUUCCAGCGCCUGGUGUCGGCCUACCGCAACAAGUUCACCCGUAGCUUCAACACUGCCUUCCAUAAACGCUACGGAACCAAGAUCAUCCGUCGCCAUCGGCUCAAUCCUGAACCCGAGGCGCUGGAGAAAGGAAACGAUGUCUCUUUUCGGGAGUUUGUCCAGUAUCUGGUAGACCCUCGGACACAGAGGGAAGGGCCUUUUAACGAGCACUGGGAGCGGGUGCACUCCCUCUGCCACCCCUGCAUGAUCCACUACGACGUGGUGGGGAAGUAUGAGACUCUGGAGCCGGACGCUCAUGCCGUGCUGAGGUUAGCAGGCGUUGAGGGAAAAGUGAAUUUUCCGACAUCUAGCAAGAGCACGACGACUGACAGCAGCAUGGCAGAACGCUUCUUUAAGCAGAUCAGCCCCUUCUACCAGAAGAAACUCUUCAAUCUUUAUAGAAUGGACUUUUUACUCUUCAAUUACUCCACACCGGAGUAUCUAAGGACUCGAUGACCAGGAAUCACUUUCCAUUCAAUCUUUAAAGUGAUGAAAAGUUUGCACUUUGUAGUUUCUGAUGAAAUGACACAAGAAAUCCUGCGUCUGAACUGUUCCAGAACCGACAGACUGAUGUAGGAGAUUCCUAAACUUGUUCAGCAUUGUUUGAUUCUGGACUCCUGAUCAAAGUUUGCUUUGACUCGUGGUGAAACGUGGCUCACCAGCGUUCCUGCUGUGCCCACUACAGUGAUAAUCCUCUUAUUGCUUUUCUUCUUAUGGGAAUUAAUGAGCCAUACAUGAACGUCAGGGUUGAGAGGAGCAGGUUCUCCUCUUGCUGGCCAUUGUGCUGACUGUGAAGUUUUUCCUCAGAGGACUGUUUCAGAAUGCCUAUGGAAAGCCUUUAUUUAUAAACGUAUGUCAGCAGAGUAUUUAUUGUUCUAAAAAGUGAGUUGUGAAACAUGCAGGCAGGAUAUUAAAGCUUCCUCGCUCAGUUUCACUACAUCAGCUGAUGCCAGUUUACUAAAUCCUGGAAACGGGAUUAAAAGAAAACAAUCUGGAUGGUUUCUGUCUGAUAUCAGCUUCUGAUAGUCUUCUUCAUUUCAUUAAAAUCCUGCCUUCCAGCAUCUUCCACUGCCUGUAUUUAGCUGCAGGCCUGUAGGCUAAACAAACAAGCACAUAGCUGUGGUGGAGGCCGGGUCCGGCCCAGUCAGAGCUGUCCUUGUUUAAUGGGAACGAAGAGUUAAAUCCACCUACAGCCAUCUGCACUGCGCCGCCUUGUUCAGCAAACGUGUUGGAAUUUUUGGGAGGAAUAAUUUGGAGCUUACUAAAGGAAAAGAUUUAUUAAAGGAGUUUACUGUCUUCUGUCCAAAAGAGGAAAAUUCUGCAACUUGAUACCUUUUUCUGGGUCUUUGAGUUCCAUUUUACAGCUCAUGAAAAA